AUGGCAGAAUACUCUGCCAAGGCCCAAGGGGUAGUGACUCAGGUCAUAAGAGAUGCUUCUUUGACCAUGGACAUCCUGUCAGCCCACGUCUCCUCAAGGAACAUUGCUGAGGCCUCAACUAGCAUUCUUGAGUCCCUUCUAGUGGACUUAAACGAGGCAAUUGAGGUUAGUAGGGCAGGUAGGAUCAAGUUCUGGGAACAGGUCCGGUUAUCCUCCCAGAAACUUUACAGCACAGCUGUGAACGAGCUGAAGAGUUUGUACACUGGUUGCCACCUCACCAAUGAGCGGGACCACCAGGAUACCCAUUUAACUGCUGACAAAAUCCAGGACAUGGAAGUGUCUACCAACAAUGACCUCAAAGACCCAACAGUUGCAGUCAGCCAGGAGUCAGUCAGACACAGCGCCAAGAAGAUCCUCAGCAAGGUUCUGAAUGUGAUCAAGGCCGGAGUAGCUGCCUCAGAGCACUCAUCUGUGGGUGAGCAGAUGACCGAAGAGUGGCAGGUUGCCAUGGAGAUGUUUGACUCCAUUCUGAACAGGCUAGAAGAUGAUGAGCCUGAUGUGGGUGAAGAGGAUCAUCUUCAUGUGAUGUCGGUCCAUGACAUCUACCAGGAUGUCUCAUCUAAAACCUCUCAGGUUUGUAUGGCGGUGACCGGCCAGGCGAUGGACACGCUGACCGAUGAUGUGUCAGCCGCGACCUCUGUGCGUGGUAAACCAGAUGAGGACAAGUUCUCAUUUACAACUGUGACCACGCCAACUCUCGUGUCAUAUAUUCUUCUGCCCAAAUCAAAGAGAAGUCUCUUCCAGGCCACAAGUACCCACAGGUCAGGCACUAGCCAGGCCUCCAGUGACGUUCUUGCUGAGCUCCAUGCCAACCGCCCUGACACCGCAUUGCCUGUGAAGUGCACUUCUACAGCUGUUGCUGAUACAGAGACUCGUCACGUCCCCUCUGCCAGAGUGAAGAAGAAGAGCCAGGGCCGGAGGUUCAGUUACUGCCCAAAGUUGCCAACGGUCAAGAUCAAGGUGUUCAAGAGCAGAGUGGAACCAGAGAGCCACCCCGCUCAAAAGGAGCUGCCUUCGCAGCGUUUCAGCACCUCUCGAGUUGCGCUGGAUGAUGAUCAUGCUGUCCCAUUCAUUCCCCAACCUGAGGACGACCUGCCACCAGCACCUGCACAGGAGUCCCGUAAACAUCCCCUGUUGGUCAGGGUGUUCCGGGCCAUUUCCAGAGCCAUCUCGAAACCGUUCAAGGGCUGUGAUUUUUGCAAGAAGAAUUAGAAAGAUUUAGCCAUCACCAUCUAAUAAACAUAUUAGCAGCAUUGA